GCUUUACGCGAUCGCAUUACACCACCCAUUUCCCACCCACCCACCCACCCACCCACCCACCGAUUCUGCCUCCAUCCCUCACCUCUUGCAAAAUCAUCCCCUCUACUCCUCCUCCUCCUCCUCCUCCUUGUUCUAGUAUAAACACGCAACAAAGCCCAAAUAAAUAUCUCCUAGCUUUUCUCUCCCCCAUUUCCAUCCUCCGCUCUUCACAAAGGACCUUCCCUUCUGUUACCAUCAGACAAGAAAAGAAAGAAAGGAACAAGACAAAAAGAAAAACUGAACCGUUCAAGGUUCCAGAUCCGCUUUUGUCAGUUACAGCUAAACAAAAUUACCGGAUAUUUCUCUUACCCGUUUUUUCUUCUAUUUUUUUUAACUAACUGACCCAAAAAAAAAUUAAAAGAUAAAAGCUUAACAGAAACGGUCAAGCCCAAAACCCCAUCAUGGGAAACAUCAGCAGCAACAACGUUAACGGCCGAAGGAGACACGGAAGCCGGCAGAGCCACCCUCCACCGCCCCCACCAGCACCCCCGCAGCCGGAAAUCACGCCCAGCCGUUACGUUUUCACGGCGGCAACGCCUUACCCUUCGCAAUACCCUAACCCUAACCCCCCACCAUAUUAUCAGUACCCUGGGUACUAUCCACCCGCGAUGCCCGUGCAGUCGCCAGCUCCGUACGAUCACCGCAACCGGGUGGACCACCCGGCGGCUCAUUGGGUAGGAGGGAGGUACCCAGUGAUGCCCCAACCGGCUCCUUAUGUAGAGCACCAGAAGACGGUCACUAUAAGGAGCGAUGUUAAUUUGAAGAAGGAGAGUUUGAGGCUUGAACCGGAUGAGGAGAAUCCAGGGAGCUAUCUUGUUACUUUCACAUUUGAUGCUACUGUUGCUGGAAGCAUCACUAUUAUUUUCUUUGCGAAAGAAGGUGAGGAUUGUGUCCUGACACCAACGAAGGCAGACCUUCCACCAGUGACAGUAAAUUUCCCACAAGGUCUGGGCCAGAAGUUCAGACAGCCUUCUGGAACAGGGAUUGAUUUCACCUUGUUUGAGGGGAAAGAGUUGUUAAAAGAGGGUGAGAUGGAUGCCUAUCCUCUAGCAGUAAAGGCAGAGGCAUCCCCUGCAAAUCAUAAUGGAACAGAAGGAAACCAAAUGUCUGAACCUAUGAACUCUCAGGUAACGCAAGCAAUAUUUGAGAAGGAGAAAGGAGAGUACCAAGUGAGGGUAAUGAAGCAGAUCCUCUGGGUUAAUGGGAGGAGAUAUGAGCUUCAGGAGAUAUAUGGGAUUGGAAAUUCAGUUGAGGGUGAUGUUGAUGCAAAUGACCCAGGUAAAGAAUGUGUCAUUUGCCUGUCAGAACCACGGGACACUACUGUUCUUCCUUGCCGACACAUGUGUAUGUGCAGUGGCUGUGCAAAGGUUUUGAGGUUCCAAACAAAUAGGUGCCCCAUUUGCAGGCAUCCAGUUGACAGGCUUCUAGAAAUAAAGGUCAACAACGCUCCUGAUGAAUGACUAAAGAGUUGCUGCUGCCACAUGUAUAUGUAUAGUAGUUUGUUGAUCUUUCUCCGAUUCUGUUAUUUCUUUUGGCUCCAGCAUCUUAUUUUCCUUUCAGAUUUCCUGCUUCUCCAAUAAUCAAACAGGAAAAUAUGCAAUGUGGGAUGGUUAUAAUACCGGCAUUGUGCCAAAUAUGCAAGCCAAUGCCUCCAGCCUGCAUUCGGAAGUCCUUAGUGGCAGCUUCUCAGAAUUUUUAAGAAAUAUAGUAUAUGUUUGGUUUCUCAACACUGUUGUUUUAGACUGUCUUCACGGAGCUCCACUUUCGGAAUGGGUUGGAUAAAAAGAAGCUUGUUGACCGAGUAUGUGCUCGGUUGUGUUCACAGGAAGUAUUUUCCAAGCGGAUUGCUGAGAUGAGGUCAUUAUGGUCAUUUGAUGACGGUCAACCACAAAAAACAUGCGAUCGACGCAAGAUGCAGGUUGUCUUCUGACCGCAAUACUUAAUCUUCGGGAAAGGUGUGGGAUUCCUUGUAAAUCCUAUGAUGUUACAAGGUUGUCUUAGCUCCUUGCUUGGUUUUGCCUGUGGCCAUACUAGUUAAGAGUGGGCGAGUUUUAGCACUCUACACCGUAGUGCUGUGAUAGGAAAUUAUAAUUUUGAUAAGAGUUCAUACCGUCAUUCUAGAUUGACGUGCCAUGUUUUAUUGCCUUUAGAGAACCCUAGUUAAGUCAAAUAUUGAAUAAGUUGGAUUCACUAUUAAAUAAAUGUGCAAUAUGAAAGAUA